AUGCCCGCCAGCCAGGCAUCACAACAUCACCAGGCAACAGCGGCCACGACUUCUGCCAGACUACUUUCCGCGCUCUUGCCGACCGACCUCACCUUCCUCACCUUCCUCACCUUGCCUCUCAUCUCUCUGCACCACAAGUCCGCUCCACCAUCCAACAAGAUGGACCUCCAAACAGAGUCCUACAUCGCCAAUCUCCCGCAGGAGCUGGUCGACCGCAUCGUCGACUUCCUGCCCACGGCUGACUUGGGCUCCCUCCGUCGCACCUGCAAGCUCAUGGAGCACAAGCUCUUCACCUACUUUUCCAAACAUUACUUCACCAAGAAGCAAUUCAUGGUCACCGAAGCCAGCCUGCAUGCCUUGGUUGACAUCUCAGAGCAUCCAUCCCUUUCGCCUUGUCUCAAGCACCUCAUCAUUGGCCUGGACCGCUACAACGGUCGGACCAGGGACAUGGCCGACGAAGCGGCCUUCACAGAGUACAAGGAAGCCUCCGAGUCACAAUCGCGCAUGUUCACCACCGGUAGGGCCGCGAGCCUGCUGGCCAGGGCUCUGAGUAAUCUCAAAAGCCUCCAAACGAUUGAUCUCAGGGACUUCAACUCGAUGACGCGGUACCGAGACAGACAGACAGGCACUGGUGCAUGGAGAAGUUGGGGUGCCCCUACCCUCCAGGCUCGAGGACAUGUCUUGACGAUGAAUGACUCGGCAAUGUAUGACGGUAGGGGCAAGUUCUUCUACACUCGAGUCUUCCAAGUCGUUCUCGCUGCCAUGGCGGGUUCGUCUAGCCGACCAGAGGCUCUCAUGGUCACGCUCAGGAACAGAAUCCGAGGCUUGUCUGAUAGUGCCUUUGGUCUUGAUGAUUGGAUGCAGCGAGACAUUGCACCUGCUUUGGCCGGCUUGAAAACCCUUCAUCUCGACCUCUCUCCCGACGACCCUCCUCGAUAUGGACUGGUGCAGAGCCAGAGCAACUCACAGGAUACCUUCGACCCACAGAACACCAGCAUCAGGCGUUUCCUUUCCCACACUCCAAAUGUCACCUGGCUUCGGCUGAACUUCCAAAGCGCGCAUAGGGAUUCGAGCUUGAGACUCAUCAACUGGCUGGCCACUGUACCUGGAACAGAUCCGACUGCGAGGAUUCUGCCCUGGGCUGGACUGGACACUGCCGCAGGACGUCUUAGCCCGCUUCCUUGGUCUGACACCAAUCCUGCCCCCGUGGCAUUGCCACUUACGCAAUUGGAUCUAGGCAUGGUCUACAUUAGCACCAAUGUAGUGACAGAUCUCUUUCAAAAGUUCAGCAACCUCAAGGGACUGAGCUUGUUCAACACGAAGCUGUAUCCAGCGUCCCGCAUCCAUCCUGGACGUCGCGUCAACUUGUGGGCUGAUUUACUCAAAGAUUUAUCGGCCAAUAUUCCUGCGAACCUGUGGUCGUUGAAACUUCGCAACCUGACCCAAAUCAACACGGAGAAGAUACAAAACCCCGACCUUCUUGUCGAAUUCGAUGGUCGGCCUGAAAGAACCAUUGAGGUUUCGAAGAAGAGCUUGGAACAGCUGGCGGAGACUGUCACGCCCCGCUGGCCGCCGGAACUCCCGCACAUGCAUCAUGAUGAUGGUGAAGAUGAAGAUGAAGAUGGAGAUGAAGAUGAAGAUGGAGAUGGAGAUGGAGAUGGAGAUGGAGAUGAAGAUGGAAUGGAACAGAACAGCGAGGACGUACAGAUAUUGCUAUGA